CUGCUGGGGCGCUGGCCGGGGCUGGCCGCUCCCGGCCGGGGGUAGCAGAGCCUCCCGCCCCCUCGUCCCCGCCUUAUAUGUGGCCCCACGCGGCCGCCGAGGCAUGGAGCGCGCCGCCUGGUCUCCGCGAUGGCACCGGCAGAGCUGCGGCUCCUAGACGCACUGGCCUACUUGGAGGGCUUCAUGGGCUGCCUUGCCUGGGUGCUGCUGCUGCAGGUCGGCACGCCCUAUGGCCGCUACUCGGCCCGGUGGUCCGGGCUCCGGGUGCCCGCGCGGCCCGCCUGGCUGCUGCAGGAGCUGCCCUCGCUGGCCUGGCCGCUCUACGAGUGCGUGCGCCCGGCAGCCGCGCGCCUGGGGAGCUGGCCCAACCGCGUCCUGCUGGCCAUGUUCCUUAUCCACUACGUGCACCGGACGCUGGUUUUCCCUGCCCUGAUCCGAGGAGGGAAACCCACACCGCUCUUUUCCUGUGUGUUGGCCUUCAUGUUCUGUACCGUCAAUGGCUAUAUGCAGAGCAGAUACCUGAGCCAGUUCGCAGUGUAUGCGGAGGACUGGCUGACCAGUCCCUGCUUCCUGGCAGGCUUUGUUUUGUGGUUAAUGGGCAUGGUGAUAAACAUCCAUUCAGACUCUAUCCUGAGGAAUCUGCGAAAACCAGGGGAGACUGGAUACAGUAUACCCAGGGGAGGUGUGUUUGAAUACGUGUCUGCAGCCAACUAUCUCGGGGAGAUCCUGGAGUGGUGCGGCUUUGCGCUGGCCAGCUGGUCCCUCCAAGGCGGGGUGUUUGCCCUCUUCUCAUUUUGCAUUUUGUUCACCAGAGCCAAACAACAUCAUCAGUGGUACCAUGAGAAAUUUGAAGAUUACCCAAAGUCAAGGAAAAUUAUAAUUCCGUUUCUGCUCUAAUGUGCUGUGAAUGAAGUUAUCUUCAACCAGAACCUUCUUGGUGUCACCCUCUGUGCAAAUAUAAAUGAAUUCUGUCUCUUAA